UAAAUACUCAUCGAAACCACACUAUUGUCACCAUCAAGCACUCCCUCUGCAAGUCUCUUUCAUUAGACACACGCAAACAGAAGUACGUGAACAACAAGGAGAUGGCGACCGCAUCCAACAAGGUUGCGGUGCUCAUGGCGCUCAUGGCCGCUGCGUUGAGCUCUGUGUCUAUGGCCGCCGGGCUGCAGCACGGCUUCUACUACUCGUCGUGCCCGAAAGCCGAGGACACGGUGCGGAGCGCCGUGCAAGGCAUGAUCCGCAGUGACCCCACCAUGGGCGCUGCCUUUGUUCGCCUCUUCUUCCACGAUUGCUUUGUCAGGGGUUGCGAUGCCUCCAUUCUGCUAGACCAGACCACCAACAACACGCAGACUGAGAAAACAACAAUCCCUCUGCGCGGCUACGAUGCAAUGAACAAGAUCAAGGCCGACGUGGAGGCCGUCUGCCCGGAAGUCGUCUCCUGUGCCGACAUCCUGGCCUUUGCCGCACGCGACUCCGUCGCCGCAUUAGGCGGCUUCACCUUCCACAUGCCAUCCGGCCGCCUCGACGGCUUCCAGUCAGUCGCAGCUGAGGUCUUCCAAGGCAUUCCAUCCCCGGCGUUUCAUCUCCAAGAACUCCUUGACAACUUCGCCGCCAAAGGCCUCAACGCCGAGGACUUGGUGGUGCUCUCCGGCGCGCACUCCUUCGGCCUCACACACUGUAACUUUGUCACCCCACGGUUGUACCCCACCGUCGACCCCACUAUGAACGCCACCUUCGCUGCGGCGCUCAAGAAGGUGUGCCCGCCACCAAGGAACGGCGGGGGAUUCAUCUCCGUGAGCAACAACCGCGUGACAGACCCGAACAAGCUGAGCAACCAGUUCUACCAUAACGUGGCCUCUGGGCAGGUGUUAUUCACGUCGGACCAGACGUUGAUGGACCAGACACCGACAACCGGGAACAAGACGGCGGCCAUGGUAGCCGACAACGCUGCUAACCCCAUCGCGUGGAUGGCCAGGUUCGCGGGGGCUAUGGUGAAGAUGGGAAGCAUCGAGGUGCUUACCGGGACCGACCCGGGCGAAGUCAGGAAGUUCUGCUUCGCCACCAACAACGCGAGCUAGAAUCGUUGGAGCUGCAUGCAUGAUGAUUAAACAUAAUUAAGUGCGCACUUGGGCAGCUACGACUGGAGGACUUAGUUGGUCUAAUCCUUGUUAUUUUGGUUUCAUUAUAGU